AUGGAGCAGAACGCAAUUACUUUCUUCAUUAAUUGUUUAUCCUCCUUUCCGAACCAGACAGGCUUGCAAGCCCACGCGCUAGCCCAAUCUCAAGCAUCGACUGAAGAAUUCGAGGCGGCGCUGGCAGCCUUGACCAAGACUGUUGAGCAACAACAAGAAAGCCUGAAGAGGCAGGAGGAAGGCUGGAAAGAGCAUGGCGAAGCCGUUGCAACCCAAAUCGCACAGGCUGAGGAGAAUCUCAAGAGUCGUGACGAAACGACCAAGGACAUGUUCGCCAAACUCGAGGCGAAGUUUGAGGCGAGGUUUCAGCAGUUGGAAGAAGGGAAAAAGCAAGAGCUGGAAGCCCAGAAUCGGAAGUUCGAGGAGGUGCAGGCGAAAUCCCAGGCCAUGGAAAUUGCCUUCAGUAACCUCAGUCAAAAGUGCCAAACCUUGGAGCAGGCUCUUUCCAGACAGGCAAAGACCUUGGAGGAAUUGGCGCAGAUUGUUGCGUCCCACACAAAGAUUCUCGAUGACCACUCGAACAGCCUAGCCGAGCAUUCGGGCGAGUUCAACACCCACUCUGAAAAACUCGCUGCACACACCCAAACCCUUACCGCACAAGAAGGAGCCCUUUCGCAGCAAAGGCAGGCCCUCGCUCAACAGUCUGAAAAUCGAGUCCAAAAACUCGACACUGUUGCCGAAUCGUGGCGCAACGAGUUGGACAUGAGGCUUGUCACCAUCACUAAGACGUGGCAGCACCAGCUUGAGGGAAGGCUUGAAAAGUCCAACGCCUCUCUACUACACCAGCAGAAUCUCACAGGCGACAUGUUUGAUAUCCGUACAGGGUUGAUGACAGUGAUUGAUAAGGUGAAUAAGAUGGAGACGCGGUUUUCCGGUAUCGAUGACACGUUGGGGUCAGUGGGCAAUAAGACCAACAAGAUGGAGGAGCGACUUUCCAACAUUGAUGUGGACACGCUGGAUGCUAUGGGCGACAUUACUGUCCAGUUCCCCAACCUUGAGGAGAAGGUUAAAGGUUUGGAGGGCAAUGUGAAAGUGCUUGAAGGCAACGUCAAGAACUUGCAAACAGAAGUCAGCAAAGUUCAACGACAACGAUUCGAAUCACCGACCCUGGUGACGACGCCGACAACUGUCGAAGCGCCACUGGCAGGUUCUGCUGGGGUAUCGAAGCAAGUCUUCUCGGCGACCAUGCAGGCCAUUACGGCCAAGUUUGGCGAUUUGAUCAAUGCAGUUAAAAACGACUUCACGGCACUGGAAGACCGGGUGCAGUCGCUCGAAGCCAAGGCGCCCCUUAAGCAGGAGACUCUUGACAAUCCGGAUAUGCGGUCUGACAUUGCCCGACUAGACCUGGCCUUGACCAACUUGAAGUCGGAGGCGACACACAACAAAGUCCAGAUCAACAGUCUGACCGAGACUGCGAAUAAGCUGGCCAAGAAUCACCAAGUGGUCGAGGACACUUUGAAAAGCAACAUCGGUUCUUUGACUAUGAGUAUAAGCACCCUGGAUGACCGCUUCAACAACCUGACCACCAAGAGCCUCUUUGACCACAUGGUUUCGUACAUCUCGACGCUCUACCCAGAGCCGGCUCAAAUCAAGAUGGAUAUUCGUCACCUCUUUGACCUGGUCAAGACGCUGCAGGCAGGCUUGCAGGACUGCCAGGGCAAGGUUGAAAAGGUGGACGACAUGGCGAAGGCGUUGGAUUCGGAUUACCACACAAAUGUGAAGAAACGGAGGAUUGAUUCAAGCCCUAAUAUGGCGGGGCUGAACGGAGUUCCGAAGGGCGUUGCCUCCUAG